UUUUUCAUUUGUAAUCCACUCACUUCUGGCUUUGUUUGCCUCGUCACCACUUCUUCUGCACAUAGCAAAACUUUGCGAUGCUGAGCUGAAACGUUUAGAGUGAUGGCCAUUAAAUCAACCGGGAUUAAUCCUUUUAAUGAGUACGCCACUGCUCUUGGGCUAGGCCUUUCAAUUGGCGUCUUACUCGCGACAUUAUAUGCCGAACUGUAUGGGUUGCAGUUUGUUGUUGGUUGUAGAUACAGCUUAGGACCAACGCAUGGUGACGAUAUUCGAGAGAUUAAUAUACAAGAGAGCCUGUCAAAGCCAAUUAUAUUUGAUGAUCUUAAUGACGAGCACCAUAAGGGAGGAGAUGCAAUUGCUAAAGCGUUGGAGAAUAAGGUGAAAGUGUUGUGUUGGGUAAUGACCAGUCCUGAAAGAUUAGAUACACACAUCAAGGCUGUGAAAGAGACUUGGGGUAGACGUUGCAACGUACUGCUUUUCAUGAGUACAGAAGAAAACCGUAACAUUCCUGGUGUUAUAAAUCUUCAAGCAAUAGGCGCUAAUGUACAGAGUGUUUGGUCAAAGACCAGAGCUGCUUGGAAGUAUGUUUAUGAAAAGCACCUCAAUGAUGCAGAUUGGUUUCUAGCAGCUGAUGAUACUACAUAUGUAAUUGCCGAGAAUCUGAGGCUUCUACUCUCCAAGUUUGACCCAAAAAACACAGUUUACCUUGGUCGAUGGUAUAAGACUUCAGGGGGGUAUAACACAGAAAGUACAGGAUAUGUAUUUAGCAAAGGAACACUAAAAACAUUCAUGAGAGCCAUGAACAACCCAAUGAAAUGCAAUGUUGAGUCUGAUCUUGUGGAUAGUAAUGUUGGCAAAUGCCUUGCAGCAUUUGAUGUGCACCCUUCUGAUUCACGUGAUCCCAAAGGGCGUGAGACAUUUCACCCCUUUGCACCUGAGUAUCAUGUUGUACCUAAUGCUAUCAAGUCACAUCAUUGGAUUCAUAGUUCAAACCGCUUUCCUUUUAGAAGUGGACCUGAGUCCUGUUCAGACAGAUCAAUUUUAUUUCAUGGCAUAAAUCAUGAUACCUUCUAUAUUUUGGAAUACCUUGUUUAUCAUUUAAAACCAUAUGGAUUCAAACAAAUAUAGGUUUAUAAUUUAGAUUUCUAUCCAAAUCAAAUCCUAGUGUGGUCUUAAGUAGAAUGCAAUUGUAUUUUUGGAUAACUUUUUAUAGAUGUAGUGAACAAUUGCAAAUAUAUCUACCAAGGCUUUUUCAUUCCCAAAAAUUUGCAACUUAAUUCAUAGAAUGAUACACUUUUUAAUAUGACUAUUAGGAAGAUUUUCUAGUCUUUUGGAAAAUUGCUAAGCCCAUUGAUUUUAAAAGUUUAAAAAAUAAAUAUGUAAAGAUAAAGUUUUGAGUAAUGAACAUUAAAAAUUAUACACUGAUAUUGACAAGUUUUUUAUUUUAAGUUAUGCCUGCAUCAUCCAAAUUUA